UACUAAUUUUAAAGUCCAAGGGGUGGUUUUGUUUUGGUCGUGGACGGUUGCUGUUGUCCCCAGGGGUCCCCCCAUGACGCGGCGGAAUGGAGGCUCACGGUAUCAUGAAAGCCUUCCCCAAAGUCAAGCGAUCAAAAGUCGCUGACAGCAAGAAUGCACCUCCACCCAAGAAGAAGGUGGAGGAAGUAGUUGUUACAGGUACCGUGUUCCAAGGUGUGUCGGUACACAUCCUUCCAGCCGGCAUCGGUAAAGCCAGAUGCGACAUCUUCCAGAGGCAGGUCACCCAGAACGGGGGAAAGAUGGAGAGCGCGCUGGGCCCCGGUGUCACUCACGUCGUUGUAGAGGACACCAUGGACAGGGAGAGGGCCCUGAGGCUGCUCAAAGUAGACACCUUGCCUUCCUCUGCGCAGCUGGUGAAGUGCUCCUGGCUGAGCGCGUGCAUCUCUGAAAAACGCUUACUGGACACUACAGGCCAUAGUCUUCUUCUGCCAGAGAGAAACAAGCCAGUGAAUAACACUGACACACAAGACAGGAAAACUGGAGCCUCCACUGCCAAACCAGCUCUGCUGCUGAAGCAUGACGUCCCAUCAGUGCACGAAGGUCCAUCUCAAACGAUGGCACUAACCCAGACUCAGACCCAGCAGGAAGGGCCCUACAGGGAUGAGGACGGGGUGACCCAGAGUGACCUGGAUGCUCUGAUGGGUGGCCACCACCCAGACAGCCAGUCCAGCCCGGACUACUUCUCCACCACCCCCACCACCACAGCCACCCCGUCCACUGAUGCUACGGCCACCGCCCCCACCAGUGCUGAUCCAUCUCAGGCCCCCGGUGGCGUGCCAGGGAAGUGGGUGUGCGCCCAGUCCUCGGAGGCCAAGGGCAACAACCACAACAAGCACCUGACGGACAAGCUGGACCUGCUGGCCAAGGCCUACACGCACAAGGGCGACCGCUGGAGGUCUCUCAGCUACUCCAAGGCCGUCAACGCGCUCAAGAGCUACCACAAGCCGGUCACGUCUCACCAGGAGGCCUGCCAGAUCCCGGGCAUCGGGCAAAGGAUGGCGGAUAAGAUCAUGGAGAUCAUGGAGGACGGGCACCUGCGCAAGCUGGACCGGCUGGGGGACGACGUGCCCGUACUGGAGGUCUUCACCAACAUCUGGGGGGUGGGCGCCAAAACUGCACACCUCUGGUACCAACUGGGGUAUCGCACCUUGGAAGACGUCCGCACCAAGGCGAGUUUAACUCACACGCAGCAGAUCGGACUCAAACACUACGACGACUUCCUGGAGAGAAUGCCAAGGGAGGAAGCGGCAGCCAUCGAGAAGACGGUGAGGGAGGCGGCCCAUGCAGUAGACCCAGGCCUGGUGGCGGUGGCGUGCGGCUCGUACCGGCGGGGCAAGGCCACCUGUGGUGACGUGGACGUCCUGAUCACGCACCCGGACGGACACUCCCACAAGGGCGUCUUCAGCAAAGUGCUGCACAUUCUGCACGAGAGCGGCUUCCUCACGGACGACCUGGUGAGUCACGAGGAGAAUGGCGAGCAGAAGAAGUACAUGGGAGUCUGUCGCCUCCCCGACCACGUCACCGUCCCCGGCCGACCCACAUCCACAGCCAACUCCAUCUUCAGUCAACCCACUUCCUCCACCAACACUACCAACACCAUCCCCGGCCAACCCACAGCCACCCCCAUCUCUAGUCAACCCACAUCCACCAUCUCCGCCAUUCUCGUGUCCACCAACACCAACACCUCAGCCAACCCCAGCCAAACCUCCACCAGCCACCGCCACCGUCACCGGCGCCUGGAUGUGAUCGUGGUGCCCUUCUCCGAGUUCGCCUGCGCCCUGCUCUACUUCACCGGCUCCGCCCACUUCAACCGCUCCAUGCGGGCGCUCUGCAAGACCAAGCGCAUGAGCCUGUCGGAGCACUCGCUCAACCGCGACGUGGUGCGCCAGGGCUCCACCAAGCUGGCCGGCGGCACGCCCGUGCCCACGCCCAGCGAGAAGGACGUCUUCGCGCUCCUGGGCGUCCCCUACAGGGAGCCACACCAGAGGGACUGGUAGCAUGGCCACCUGGUAGCCACACCAGAGGGACUGGUAGCUUGGGUACCUGGUAGCCACACCAGAGGGACUGGUAGCUUGGGUACCCCGGUGUCUGUGCGCAGCGAGAAGGACGUCUUCGCCAGGGCUGUAAAUUAACUUUUUUCAUCACUUGCCAAAUUUGGCUUGUAGAUGUUAAUUGUACAGAGAAAAGGCAUGGUGGCACCACAUAUCUUUAGGUUGAACAGUCUUGCUACAGGGGAUCCCCAACAGAGUGGCUGGUAGAAUUCAAGUUAUUUUACCCUUCCACAGACUUUUUUUUACAUUUUGGGUGGUGUAUGUGUGUGUGAAUUGGAAAAAGAGAAUGUUUGUGCUCUGUACACAUAUUACCAUUAUUGGAACUGGUAGUGGUCUUUUAGAUUCAACAGACUCUCCAGUAGAACAUUUCUGGAUAAUGAUGUGCGACUAAUUGGAAUCAGACUAUGGCAUAGAAUUCGCAUCUCUGCAGUGUUCCUUCCCCAUGAGAGAGACUGAUACCAGAGAUUCUUUAAGUAUAUCUCUCUACUCUCUCUGCUGAUACAGUAGGCUAGUAUGUUUUAGGAUGUGUGUGUAAAUUGGAAUCUGAAAUUGGGUAUUUAAAUGGGUUUUUAAAAGGGUCACUCUUAGUGCUAUCUGUUAUGUUUGUUAGUGCGUUGUUGGAGGAGCAAGGUGUUUGAUUGUGCUGUUCAUAAAAAUCACGUGCAGGAUAUGGCCAUUUUUAGUAUGAUAACAAUGUUUUUGUCUGUUUAUUUACUAUGUUUUAAGAACAGGCGAGAAUUGUAUUUUAAAAUGUUUUGCCCUUGCUGUCUUGAAUAGCAUUGUCGGACACUAGAUGGAAGUAAACAUGUUGCAUAUAUAUGCACUGACAAAACAACUAUGACUGUUAAAUAAAACUGUUUAUUUUUUA